UUUUUGUCAAAUUACAUAACCCAAAAGGUGGUGCAUUAUCGCUGGAUUGACCGAUUGUUGAGACACGAUGGCCGCAAGAAGAAUCGCCCAGAGUUCCGUGAACUGGGCCUCGUUGGCCGAAAGGGUGCCCGAACACCAGCGCGCCCAGUUCCUGGCCUUCAAGUCGAAAUCCGACUCGUACUUGAGACGUGUUUUGGCCAAUCCGGAGACCCCACCAGCUAUUGACUGGGAUGCCUACAAGUCCAAGGUGCCCAUUGCUGGUAUGGUCGAUGAGUUCAAGAAGCAAUACAGCGCCCUGAACAUCCCCUAUCCGACCGAGAAUGUCAGCAGUCAGAUUGAUUCUCUGGAGAAGGAAGUCAAAGUUGACAUCGAAAAGUUCAAGUCUGAAUCUAACAAACGCAUUGAAGAAUACAAAAAGCAGUUGGCUCAUUUGGCCAGCUUGAUCCCAUAUGACCAGAUGACCAUGGAAGACUACCGCGAUGCUUUCCCAGAAGACGCAAUUGAUCCCAUCAACAAGCCAACUUACUGGCCUCACGAACCCGAGGAUGUUCCCGGACAUGUCGAUCCCAAGGAUCAAGCUCCAGCCCACUAAAUUGCAUUCAUUAACGAGUUCUGUCGUAUUUAGCAAUUUACAUUCAAUUCUGUGAAAUAGUAAAAGAUUGUAUUGUUAUGUAAUAAAUUUACCUUUCUUUUAGAAA